AUGCCGUCUCACUCUCCGGCUCCGGGUCCCACGGCUGCCCCUCCGGCGUCCAGCGUGAGUGCGCCCAGCCCGGUCCCGGCUCCGGCCCCGGUCCCGGCCCCGGGCUCGGCCCCGGUCCCGGCCCCCGGCACUGUGGCUCCGCCGCCGCCCGCGGGGGAUGCCUUCCGAUCGCCUACCUUCAUCCCUCUGGCGGCCGGUGGUAGCCCGCAUGCGCCGCCGCCUCUUGGCGCUCAUCCGGGAACCGUGUCGCCUGCCCUCGUGCACAACCCCCUCCGGCAUAUUCCCGGCUCCAGCCAGGCCCCGGUGCCGCAUUUCGCCGUGCCACCGUCCACAUUCAGCGGCGGCCAUGUUUCCCUCUUCCAGCCGAACACCGCGGGCGAGGUGACUUCCCCGGCCCCGGCCCCGGCUCCGGUGGGCACGCCUCCGCACCCGGCGCCCUUCACGCCGGCGGCUUCGCACGAGCCGGCUCCCGCUGAGACCGACGCCGCCGCCGCCGGGGCGGCCGAGCCACCGGCCUCCACCUCGGCUCCUGUGGCCAUGUCGGCUCCCCCACCAGCGGCGAGCCCUGCGGCGGGUGACAUCUCGCACCUGUUCCCGGGCAUCGUGUCCGCCGGCUUCCCCGGGGCGGAUUCCACCUCCAGCACGGUUGAGCCAACUCCCUCCUCUUCGUCCUUCCUGCCAGAUGCCGGGGCCUCGCUCCCGUCCACUGUGGUCGAGGGGGCCGCGGCGCUGUCCAUUUCGGACCCCGCUCCGGCUGUGGGGGCCUCCGCUGCCCCGACCACCCCGAAGGGCUCGGAUGAUGGUGAGCUGGCCGCCCUGCGUGCGCAGCUCGCCGAGAUGGCUGCCAAGGAGCAACAAACCGCCGAGCAGCUCCGGCUCGAGGCUGCGGCCUUGGCGGAAGCACGCCAGGAGAUCCAACUUCUGAAGGCCCAUGCACAGGAGGCUGCCACCCGCACCCAGCACACGGAUGCCCACAAUGCCCAGCUGCUGGAGCAGCUCCACCAGUCGCAGGCCCACGCCCAGCAGACGGCCCAGCAGGCGGCCCAAACCCAGGCCCAACUCCAGCAGACCCAGGCCGACAUGCAGCAUUUCCAGUCCCAGGCUCAGGCCGACAUCCAGCGCCUCCAGGCCCAGCUCCAGACCCAGCAGACUGGCGCCCAGCAGCAACACGCCGCCGAGGUGCAGCAGCAGGCCGCCGAGGUGCAGCAGCUCCGCCGUGAGGCCCAGCAGCUCCACGCCGAUAAGCAGGCUCUCGAGGCCCAGGUCGCCGCGCUGCGCCAGGCUCUGGAGGAGGCCCAGGGGGCCGCGUCGGCUGCUACGGCUGCGGCGGCCGCCGCCGAGGCCGCCGCCGCCGCCGCCACUGCCGCUGCCGCUGCCUCGGCUCCUCAGAACCCCACUCAGGAGGCUGGCGCGGAGGCGGACGGCCAUUUCGACAACAUUCCGGAUGACAUUUUCCUGGUGAUCUUCGACUAUCAGAAGCGCAUCAAGCGCUACCGCCAGCGCCUCCGGGCAUACCCGGCGGAGAUCCUGUCCGAGGAUGACGACAUCGACGGUGAUGAGGAGGAGGAUGACGCCGCGGCCUUUUAG